AUCGCCAACAACCAGUGUCGACACGUUCGCGCUGAGAGAAGUAUGGUUAUGUUUUCGUAACCGUUCUAACCAAAACAUACGAUUUCGGUGGUUGUUUUCGUUGAAAAGUAGUAAAGAUAAAAGUGAAGAUGAAUCUCGUUAGGAGACAGUGUCUGAGAAUUUUACAGUGCAACGUUAAAAGUCGGGAUACAUCGUACAAUCUCGGCAGAGCUUUCAGCUUCAAAAGUGCCUUAUCCCUGGAGAAUUUGUAUGCGGGGAGUAAACAGAAGCUGUACACUCCAACUUUCGUGCCAGAUCCUAAAGCAAAAUUCAGCGGUUAUAUACCCCUGGACAAAGUGAAAAUAGCGUACAGUGCUAGCAGCGGACCGGGAGGACAGAAUGUGAACUGUGUGAACACCAAAGUAGACUUGAGGUUCCACGUGGACAAUGCUACCUGGCUGUCGGAAGAGAUUCGGACGAAGUUAGCGGAACAGCACAAAAACAAGAUAAACAAAGAGGGUUACUUAAUAAUCAAGUCGGAUUUGACGAGAUCUCAGCACUUAAAUUUGGCGGACGCUCUUGAAAAGUUAAGAACGAUGAUAAGAGCCACUUUGGAAACGGCACCGGAACCGUCGCUCGAAUCGCUAGAAAAGAAGCGGAAGAGUCAGCUGAGAGCUGCUAGGGAGAGGCUACACGAGAAGAGAGCUCGUUCUCAAGUCAAGCAAAACAGACAAGCCCCUGCAGCUGAGUUUUAAAUCAAUUAAUCUAGUUAAUUAUUUAAAUUGUCCAAGUAUUGUAUAAUUAUACAUAGGAAUGAACUGUAU